AUGCGGCUGACACUCGAGCUGCUGCAGCAGGCGCCGCAGUCGCUGAACCCUGCACUGCACCGGCAGCUGCUGCUUAGAGGCUUCAAGAUCCCCACAAUCGAAAAUCUGGGUGGCACGGAUGAUGCUUAUGAGUGUCUGGACUUUUCAGACAACGAUCUCAUCAAACUGGGGAACUUCCCACCAUUAAAGAGAUUACGCGUUCUGAUGCUGAUGAACAACAGGAUUAGCCGAAUUGCGCCGGACUGCUUCGAUCCGAUACCCAACAUUGUCAGCCUGGUGCUGACAGGCAACAAGUUGGAGAAGCUUGUAGACCUGGAGCCCAUCACGCAGCUCAAAAACCUGGAGCGUCUUAGCCUCAUGGACAACCCAGUCACCAAGGUGAAGCAUUUCCGGCCGUACAUGAUCCACAAGAGCUCGAAAACGCUGAGGAUUUUAGACUUCAACCGCAUCAAGGACAAGGAGAGGAAGGCAGCAACGCUGCUGUUCGCGGGCGAGCGUGGCAAGAAGCUGUUGGAGGAGAUUGCUCCGCCCCGUGUGGUGGGCAAGGAGCCCACAGAGAAGGUCUCUGACGUCUCCAAAUCCGGUCCAUCCCCCGAAGUCAUCGAGCGCAUCAAGAAGGCCAUCGCUGAAGCCGAAACCAUCGAGGAGGUCACGCGCCUCGAGAAGGCCUUGAAGAGCGGUGUCCUGCCCGACGACCUCAAGGAGCCAGGCACCGAGGGCCCAGAGGCUGCACCGGGCCUGGAAGGAGGUCCGGAGCCGAUGGCGGAGGGAUAA